GAUGUCUUCUGAGCUAACUCGUCAAUCAGUUGAGCGCUACCUUCGUCAUAGUACGGACGCACAUUCUCGCUAUCAGGCUAAAUAUUUAAAACUAAACUUUUGCUUUGUCAGUUCAGUUCGAACAAGUGACACAUAUCAGUGCAAGCAGUGAAAUCAAUGCACUUAGGGUCGUGUGGUGCAAUAACUCCAUUUCGAAUCUCAUUCUGCGAAUUGGACUGAUUGGAGGGGGUGUGCACGCAGCUUCAGCCGUGCGUAUCGCAGAAGGAAUUCUGAAAAUCCCAGUGUGCAGCAGAGAGAAAAGCCAGUUGCAGUGAAGUGCAACUGCAGUGGAGUGUGGUCAGGGCCGAACUUUGGGCGUUGUGGAUUUUGUGUGUUUUUGCGCACGAUUGAUUCCCGCUAGUUCUUUCCGAUACCAAGUACGGCUAGCCGUUGUGAGGUUGUUGAUUGGAAAGUUUUUAAUAAAUAUUUAAUUCGAUUGCCGGCUGUCUAAGGUACUAACGCAAACAAAUAAACAAGCAAAAUGAGCAACAUCUGGGGAUACACUGAGCUGAACGGACCGCAUGUGUGGCCAAAAAUGUAUCCGGAAGCGGCUGGACAACGGCAAUCGCCGGUGAACAUUGUCACCUCGCGAACGAAGCAGUCAAGUGACCUAAAGGAGAAGCCACUCCGGUGGACCUACGUCCCGGAGAACACACGCAGUUUGGUCAAUCCAGGGUACUGCUGGCGGGUGGAUGUUAACGGUAAAGGAUCUCUGCUCACUGGUGGGCCCCUCCAGGAUGCAGAAUUCAUUCUCGAGCAGUUCCACUGUCACUGGGGCUGCUCGGACUCACGGGGUUCGGAGCAUACCGUGGACGGUGAAUCAUUCGCCGGUGAAAUGCAUCUUGUGCACUGGAAUCGCACGAAGUAUGCUAGCUUUACGGAAGCUGCUGGCCAGCCCGAUGGACUGGCCGUUUUGGGUGUAUUUUUGAAGGUUGGAAAACCCCAUCCUGAGCUGGAUACCAUCGCGAGAAUGUUACCAUUCAUCACACAUAAGGGUGACCGAGUCACGAUUACCAAACCGCUGGAUCCGGCUCACCUGCUGCCGGAAAGCAAAGCCUACUGGACCUAUCUCGGUUCAUUAACCACUCCACCGUGCACGGAAUCGGUCACCUGGAUCCUGUUCAAGGAACCGAUCGAGGUGUCCCACGAGCAGUUGGAAUUGUUCCGCGAGAUGCGUUGCUAUGACGCACGUGAAGAGUGUCCCUGCGAUGAUUCGCUCCACAAAACAUUCGAAUACGGCAAGGUGAUCAACAACUACCGUCCCCCGCUGGAGUUGGGCAACCGCGAGCUGAGGGAGUACGGUGAACACUGAGGGGGAUGUCCAGCGGUUGCGAAACCCUUUCCCGCAGCUGAUUUCAAUACUACGUAGCAAACGAGAAGCAAUAGCAUUUCACCUGUGACAGCACGUGGUACGUCUGUUUGUCUAUGCAAUCGUUUACGACAUUGUGAGCGGAAGAUGAGUUCCGCGUGUGUGUGUGAAAAUAUCCACUUUAGCCGAGAACGGAGGUUUAGUGGUUGUCUCUCACCAAACGGAAAUAUUUAAUUUAAAACAAUAAACUAUAGAAAGAAUAUGCGGCUGUUUAUUUAUAAGGUGGCAAAGCAAGGCGGCUGAUGAUGAAGCGACCAAUUUUAAAAUGCAAGCCGUAAUACUUUAUCAAUGAUUUGUGGAUAAACAGGUUUAAAAAAAAUCAACUGCGUUUUAAGAAAUUUCGAUAAGGAAUUGGAACAGUGGGAUCAAAUGUUGAGCAUGUUUUCAUUCAAAACUUUUUAGUAUGGUUGCACCAGUAAGCAUGAUAUUACAUUAAUAUUUUCAGUGCGACUUUUAAACACAUAAAUCAAAAAAGCCAUGUAGUUGAUAAUGUAUUAGUUUUAGAGUUUGGUUAAGUUUAAAAUUGUAUUGUUUAUGUGCAACCCAACAAAAAAUUCAAUCAUAUUUUGAUAUGGAAGGAGAUAUUUAAUCAAAUAACAACAGCAAGUGCCUAUUGUAAAUCCAAAUAACAUUAGUCGACAAAGUUAAAAUUCAGCAAAGGGAUCAAAAACCGCAAACAGUAUUUCCAAGAGAAGACGGUUUUUAGUGUAAUAUUGGCUUUUAAAGUGUUAUCGCUUGUUAGUUGUGUUUACAAUAUCUAGGAAGUGCUGUUAGAUAUUUACACGCGCACCAAUAGGAUAUACACCAAAUUAUUCGCAGAAAAUGAAUUGUUAAUUGAUUGUGCUAUAAUCUAUGUUGUGAGUGAAUAAUAAAGACUUUGAAAAUUGUUGAAAAA